GAUUGUGGGUAGUAUCGUGUCAUUUCCUGACUUAGUUUAGAAGUACAAUUGUAUGUCAAGUCGCAUGAGUCCGCAGCGCGUGUAUUUUUAAUCGACUCUUCAACUUGGAAGAACUACAGGUUGACUGAUUGAAAAGUUAUUACCAGUAGCCAGCAAUGAGUUUGAACGAGCAUUCGUUGCAAGCUCUGUCUUGGAGAAAACUUUACUUGAGUCGAGCAAAGCUGAAGGCUACGAGCAGAACUUCAGCUCUCCUGUCGGGUUUCGCAAUGGUGGCUAUGGUGGAGGUACAGCUGGAACAAGAUCAUGUGUAUCCCCAAGGGCUGCUGAUAGCCUUCAGCGCCUGCACCACUGUCCUUGUGGCAGUGCACCUUUUCGCCCUGAUGAUCAGCACCUGCAUCCUGCCAAACCUGGAGGCUGUCAGCAAUGUUCACAACUUGAACUCGAUCAACGAGUCGCCCCAUGAGCGCAUGCACUGCUACAUUGAGCUGGCCUGGGCCUUCUCCACUGUCAUCGGCACCCUUCUCUUCCUGGCAGAGGUGGUUCUGCUGUGCUGGGUCAAGUUCCUGCCCCUCAGUCCCUCAACUGUUAAAAAUAGCACCGACAAUUAUGGAAGGGCGGCAGCCAUUGUCUCCACCUCCAUUAUGGUGCCGUUUGGACUGGUUUUUAUUGUGUUCGCUGUGCACUUCUACCGCUCUCUAGUGAGUCACAAAACUGACCGUCAGUUUCGGGAGCUGGAGGAGCUGUCCAAUAUCACCCGGCUGCAGAACCAGCUAGACUACAGGGCGGAGACAACCAGUCUGCAGCCCUCCUCCGUCGACUUCCCCUGACGGGAGCACACACAAGUAGGGAGUUGGAGCAGUACACAGCUGUAAGAAAUGUAUUAUUGACUUGUUUUUUUUGUAUCUAUUUGCAUGAACACCAUGAGAAAGGAUACUUUAUAUAGUAAAAUCAUUUCUUCAGAUGUUUUGUAUUGGGAUUUGGACUCUGCAUUAGGCAUUUUUCUACUUGUGUAAAUAGUUGGAGAGGUCAGAAGAAUUUGCUUUGUAUUGUUCACUAGUUUGGACUCAAGCCACUUUUAAAAAAAACUUUGCUGCAUGUCUGUCUUCCUUAUGGCUUCAGAAACAGAUCUGAAUAGCUGAAUGUGAGUGAGCAUCUGUGUGAAAUUGGUUUUUAAAUGUUUUGUAUGUCAUUAUAGAUAUUUGUAGUUAUGUCACAUACACAACUACACUAAGUUCUGUCUAAGGUGGCUGGGGAACACAGUGUAGGAUGAACAUACUGUAAUAACAUUUUGUGAAGUAGUCGGAUUUUAAUUUAACAAAAUGAUAACCGGCCAAUUUCCAUGAAAGGAAAACUGGUCAGAGCAUAAUAUGUAAUAACUGCUGUUAUAGUAGGGAAAAGCAGAAUUUAGAUUUUUUUAGUCCGUCUGGAAUAUAUACCUCAUAUUUUAACAUUUCAAAGUCAGUACAAUUGAUCAGAUUUGCUCUGAUGGUCAUUUGAUGAGUUAAUGUAUUUUAAGCAUGCUACUGUUACAUGAUAGACAAAUACAAGUGUGGAAUUUGAAAUGUACACUACCGUACAAAAGUUUGGGGUCACUUAGAAAUGUCCUUAUUUAUGAAAGAAAAGCUAAUUUGUCCAUUUUAAAAUAACAUCAAAUUGAUCAGAAAUACAGUGUAGACAUUGUAAAUGUCAGAUUUUUUAUAGAAUAUCUACAUAGGUGUACAAAGGCCCAUUAUCAGCAACCAUCACUCCUGUGUUCCAAUGGCACGUUAUGUUAGCUAAUCCAAGUUAAUCAUUUUAAAAGGCUAAUUGAUCAUUAGAAAACCCUUUUGCAAUUAUGUUAGCACAGCUGAAAACUUGUGCUAAUUAAAGCAAUAAAACUGGCCUUCUGUAGACUAGUUGAGUAUCUGGAGCAUCAGCAGUUGUGGGUUCGAUUACAGGCUCAAAAUGGCCAGAAACAAAGCCCUUUCUUCUGAUACUCGUCAGUCUAUUCUUAUUCUGAGAAAUUAAGGCUAUUCCAUGUGAGAAAUUGCCAAGGAACUGAAGAUCUUGUACAAUGCUGUGUACUACUCCCGUCACAGAACAGCGCAAACUGUCUAACCAGAAUAGAAGAGUGGGAGGCCCCAGUGCACAACUGAGCAAGAGGACAAAUACAUUAGUGUCUAGUUUGAGAAACAGAUGCCUCACAAGUCCUCAACUGGCAGCUUCAUUAAAUAGUACCCGCAAAACACCAGCCUCAACUGCGAAGAGGCGACUCCGGGAUGCUGGCCUACACUACACUGUAUUUCUGAUCUUUUUAAUGUUAUUUUAACAGACCAAAUGUGCUUUUCUUUCAAAAACAAGGACAUUUCUAAGUGACCCCAAACUUUUGAACGGUAGUGUAUUUGUUUAACCUUUUCCUCUACAUUAUGUAAUUAUUAGACAGGUUGGUUGGGAUAUGGUUCCCAGUUCCUCAUGUCAGGCUGAAAUACCACCUUCAAUGUGAAGUACUUUUCUUAAUUGUAAAGCUGUUUGUUUUGCAUUUAUGACAAAUCACAAGUAGCUUCUUUUAAAGGAAAUACUUCAAGCUAGAGGGCAAAUUAAUAAAUGCAUUUUUAUGGAGGCAAUAUCUUCAGAUCUUUGUCGUCGACCUUUUAAUGUGAUCCAAGUGCACAUAUUUACUUUCAUCAAAUAAUGGCACAUGAUCUUCUGUUUUUAUUAUUUAUGAGUCAAUUGUGAAGUGUUCUCUAUUUUGUAUGGUCCACCAACCAAAGGACAUCCAGCCAACUUGACAACUGUGGGAAAUAUUGGAGUCAACCCAACUCUUUCGACACCUUGUAGAGUCCAUGCCCCAACAAAUUGAGGCUGUUCUGAGGGCAAAAGGGGGGGGGGGUGCUAUUCCAUAUUAGGAAGGAGUCCUUAAUGUUUUGUACACUCAGUGUAUACUGUAUGAUGAUUGUAACAUCCCCCUUAGAGGCCAAGAUUUGUAAGAGGUCUUUGAGUGCCUGGGGCUUAUGAAACCCCACACAGUUUACACUGCAUUGUCUGGUGCCAAAUCAUUAUCUUAUACUGUAAAUCUGUUACAUUGUGGUGAGACUCCAAAAGGCAGAGGAUUGGAUUGAUAUGACCUCUUUAUUAGACAAUCAAAUAUACAAAAUGCACAAUGAUUAUGUUAUGCAUAACAACCCUAUGCCUACUGAAUAAAGAAUAAUAAGAAAAUCCA